AUGGCAUCUCCGGGGGGACAAGUGUUGUCCACGCGAGGAGGCGCCGGCUCCAGGAGGAUGAAGUGGGCUCUGGAGCUCAGUCUGGGCAACACCAGGUGUCGCAGUGACCGGCAGGCCGGCCAGGGCGAUGUUGUCUACCCCAUCGGCUAUUCGGAAAAGCCCGUCCCCGACACCAGCAUCCAGGAGACAGACAAGAACCUGGUAGAGAAGCGAUGCUGGGACGUAGCGUUGGGACCGCUCAAACAGAUCCCCAUGAACUUGUUCAUCAUGUACAUGUCAGGGAACACUAUCUCCAUCUUCCCCAUCAUGAUGGUGUGCAUGAUGGCUUGGAGGCCCAUCCAGGCGCUCAUGUCUAUGUCAGCAACUUUCAAGCUGUUGGAGAGCUCCAGUCAGCAGUGGCUUCAGGGACUGGUCUACCUGGUGGGGAACCUGCUGGGCUCGGCGUUGGCUAUAUACAAGUGUCAAUCCAUGGGGCUGCUGCCCACGCACUCGUCCGACUGGUUGGCGUUCAUCGAGCCUCCUCAGAGGAUGGAGAUGAUGGGCGGAGGGAUGGUGCUGUGA